AUGUCAAGUAACCCACGUCAAUCUGCUGAACCACCCCGUGGUAAUGGUGAUAAUGCAAACUUAAAACCUGUUCAAGUGAAGCUAGUGCUGCUUGGCGAAGCUGCCGUUGGUAAAUCUAGUUUGGUGCUUAGGUUUGUAAAUGAUGAAUUCCAAGAAAAUAAAGAACCAACUAUUGGUGCUGCUUUCUUAACGCAAAAGUGUCGUUUAGAAGAUAAAGUAAUUAAAUUCGAAAUCUGGGAUACCGCUGGUCAGGAAAGAUUCCAUUCUCUGGCUCCAAUGUAUUAUCGAAACGCUCAGGCUGCUGUAGUUGUUUACGAUGUAACAAAAGGCGCCUCGCUUGACAAAGCUAAAUCUUGGGUAAAGGAAUUGCAACGUCAGGCAAAUCCAAACAUUGUUAUUGCACUUGCAGGAAACAAAAUAGAUCUCGUUCAACCAGUUGAUGAUGGCGAAGAAGAUUCGGUGGAAAGUGGGAGACAAGUUCCUACUGAAGAGGCUAAGGCUUACGCCCUUGAGACCGGUUUGUUAUUUUUCGAGACUAGUGCAAAGAAGGGCGAUGGUGUGCGGGACGUUUUCACAGAAAUUGCCAAGAAGAUUCCUCUUGAGCAUCUUAUUAGCCGCCCACGUCAAGUAGGUAAUAAUGGCAACCCGAUAAACGUAAUUCCAUCUAUGCCGAAUAGACAAAAUGGAAACAAUAAUUCUUCCGGAU